AUGUAUAGGGUUCCACCCCAGUCAGUCUGCACUGACAGCUGUCCAAAAGGUUACAGAAAGGUGAUCCAGGAAGGGAGGAAAUCUUGCUGUUAUGAUUGUGUCUUAUGUUCAAGAGAAGAAAUCUCUAACCAAACUGAUAUGGAAAAAUGCUGGAAGUGCCCAGAAGACCAGUGGCCAAAUAAGAGGAAAGAUAAAUGCCUACCAAGAAUGAUUACCUACCUGACCUAUCAGGAGAUACUAGGAGUUUCUCUGGCCGCUGUUGCUGUGUUUUUUUCCUUGGCUUCUCUUUUCACUUUAACAACUUUCAUCCAUUAUCAAAAUACAUCUGUUGUAAAAUCCAACAACCGGAACCUUAGCUUCCUUCUUCUUGUGUCCCUUACUGUCACAUUUCUCAGUUGUUUGGUCUUUAUAGGUCUCCCAGGAAGAUUCACCUGCAUUGUAAGACAGACACUUUUUGGCAUAACCUUUACUGUUUGUGUGUCCUCUAUUCUAGCCAAAACCAUAAUUGUAGUUUUGGCUUUUCACGCCACCAAACCUGGAAGUCCACUAAGAAGAUACCUUGGGAAGAAGCUACCAAGCUCUAUAGUGGCCAUAUGUUCUUCUAUCCAGUCUCUUAUCUGUAUCACAUGGAUUGGGAUUUCUCCACCAUACCCAUUCAAGGACUUUUAUUCAGAACCUGGACAAAUAAUUAUUGAAUGCCAAGAAGGUUUAGGGUUAUAUUUUAUGUUGGGAUUCAUUGGGCUUCUUGCAAAAGGAAGCUUUAUAAUUGCCUUCCUUGCUAGGAAUUUACCAGAUUUGUACAAUGAAACAAGACUUAUCACCUUUAGCAUGUUAAUCUUCUUCAGCGUAUGGAUCUCCUUUAUCCCAACUUACAUGAGCACCAAAGGAAAGUAUAUGGCAGCUGUAGAGAUUUUUGCCAUUCUGUUUUCUGGUGGUGGGAUUCUGCUAUGUAUGUUCUUUCCAAAGUGUUACAUAUUGCUUUGUAAACCAGAGAGGAAGAGGAAAGCUUGCAUUACACACAGUCACCCAGUGAAAAUAUUACCUACAAAAAUAAUUCAGUAUUACUGUCCAUAUUACUUCUUGUGUUUUCUACCAUUAUCUCCACGCCUCUGCAUAGUGAUACAGACUCCAGUGUCUGUCUUCCACUUCCGCAUUUGGCACAUAUUAAACUCAGAUUCUCUGCCUGCAGUACUUUCAGCUGUUUGUAGGCAAGGAUACUGA